AUGACGGGGAGAAACUUUAUUGAUGCUCCUGAUGAUGUUCAUUUCACCCCUUUGGCAUCGGAUGAACAAGAUCUAACCUUCAACCUAGGUGGCAUACGACCAGGACUCGGCGUUGGGGGUUCUUGGGUAACAGGACACGGCGUCGUCGACCGAAAGUCUCAGAAGCUCCAUCAUCGAUUACCGACAAGAGAACGGAAGAACCUAUCAUCGGUACAAGGAUGGGAACUCUAUCUAGACCUCCAACACCAUAUGUUUCUCCUGACUUUUGAUAACAAGCUGGGCCUCUCGCCUCCAAAUCUUCCCGAUUACAAGCCUUCACGGGUCCUUGACCUAGGAACGGGCACAGGACUGUGGGCAAUAGAUUUCGGUGAUGAGCAUCCUGAGGCUGAGAUCAUCGGAGUCGAUCUGUCUCCUAUCCAGCCAAGUUUCGUUCCCCCAAACGUUCAAUUUCUCGUUGACGAUAUUGACGAGGAAUGGAACUAUUCCAAGCCCUUUGAUUAUAUUCACAGUCGAAUGAUGAACUUUAGCAUUCAAAACUGGGCCGAGUAUCUGCAAAAGAUGUUCCAGAACCUUACCCCGGGUGGUUACGUUGAACUCCAAGAGAUGGAUGGUUUUUACGCGUCUGAUGACGGCACUUUGUCCGAUGACCACGCGCUGUCUAGAUGGUGCACUCUCCUAGGAGAGGCAGCAGUAAAACUGGGCCGAUCAUUCCAACCAACCGAUCAACUUGCCGCGAUCAUGAAGCAGGUUGGAUUCAACGAGGUUGUCGAAACCCGGUUCAAGUGGCCGAUAAACCGAUGGCCCAAAGAGAAGAAGUACAAAGAACUCGGGGCGUGGAACAACCAAAACGCAAGUCAGGUUCUCGAGUCUGCUACACUCGCACCCUUCACACGAGUCCUAGGAUGGUCGAGCGAGGAGGUUAAUCUUUUUCUCAUGGAUGUGAGAAAGGACCUGAAUAACCCGGACAUCCAUGCGUACUCACAGGUCCGUUCGGUUUAUGGGCGAAAGCCUCAAGUCUAA